AUGCUGGACUACAUAGCAGAUGCCCGGCUUCGACUGGCCCAGCCCGGUGCCAUUGUGGUGCCAGCUGGUGGAGCACAAUUCGCUGCCCUGGUGGCAUCUGAUUCUUUGGCGAUGGUGUCCAGUGUGCAGCCGCAGUGUAGCCAGGGCUUCGAUUUGUCGGCGAUUGGCUGCCUGCAGGACACCGGGAAGAUUUUCUUCACCAAGCAGUGGGGCUUCCGCCUGAACACGCUUCCAGACCUCGUUCAGAUGUCUGACCGCAUCUGCAUCUUCGAAGUGGAUUUCCAGAACGGCGACAGGCGUUCGGUAGCUCCUCAGAAGACCUUCAAGAUCCGGGCAAAGCGUAGCGGCAUCGUGCAUGCCGUGGUCUCCUCUUGGGAGGUCUGGAGCGAUGCAGAUCGAACUCAUCGAAUCACCACGCAUCCAGAUCCCUUUCUGAUCGGCGUUCUGUUAAGUGGUGAGGGGCUGAACACUCUGUGA